CUGACAUUAUUACCCUUCGUUCAUCAUUUCCAUUUCCUGUAACUGCAUCAUCAAUCUCAGGUAUCAUCAUCAUCAACAACAACAACCACCUCCACAUCAUACUACUACUAUCCUCGUUGCUCCGAUCGGAUCUAUACCACCCGCGGUCAUGGCCGAGUUUAUUCGCUCGCAGAUCCUGGGAACCACCUUCGAAACCACAAACAGAUAUGCGGACCUUCAACCGGUCGGACUUGGAGCCUUUGGGCUUGUCUGCUCCGCAAACGAUCUCAUCGCCCGCCAACCAGUGGCCAUCAAGAAGAUGAUGAAGCCCUUUUCAAACCCCACGAUCGCUAAGCGUACGUAUCGGGAAGUCAAGCUGCUUAAGCACCUACGUCAUGAAAAUCUCAUUGGCCUGAGUGAUAUCUUCAUCUCCCCGUCUGAGGAUGUGUACCUUGUCACGGAGCUCCUGGGUACCGAUCUGAAUCGGCUCCUCACUGCUAAGCCCCUCGACGGAAAGUUCGUACAGUACUUCACAUAUCAGCUUCUGCGGGGGUUGAAAUACAUCCAUUCGGCGGGUGUAAUCCACCGGGAUCUCAAGCCUAGUAAUUUGCUAAUCAACGAGAACUGCGAUCUGAAGAUCUGUGAUUUCGGCUUGGCGCGCCUUCAAGAGCCCCAGAUGACGGGCUAUGUCUCAACGAGAUACUACCGAGCCCCGGAGAUUAUGCUGACAUGGCAAAGAUACGGCAAGCAGGUUGACAUCUGGAGUGCCGGGUGUAUUGUUGCGGAGAUGCUGCGUGGGAAGCCCUUGUUUCCCGGCAAGGACCACAUCAAUCAGUUCUUCUUGAUCACGGAGGCGCUGGGAAGCCCUCCGGACGAGGUGAUUGAGAGGAUCAGCACGAAGACAACUUUGCAGAUCGUUCAGUCACUAGGCAAACGCAAGCCCCCUGUGUGGGGGUCACUCUUUCCAGGAGCGGACGCACAGGCUGUUGAUCUCCUUGGAAAAAUGCUCGUGAUUGAUCCCGACAAGCGCAUCUCCGCCGAGGAAGCUUUGGAGCAUCCCUACCUGGCUGUUUAUCAUGACCCGAACGAUGAACCGGUCGCAGAGAAGAUGUUUGACUGGUCUUUUCAGGAAACCUUUCACUCCAUAGAUGAGUGGAAGAUUAUGAUAUACUCCGAGGUGGUCGACUUUCAUGACCUUGGUCCGACUGAGCAGCCCAUCGUCGAACCAGUGGCGCCAGCUGAUUUGACAUACGCCCCUGAUGAUAUUACUGGUCUAGACCCGCAGCCAGUUGACGGCAUCUACCAGCCUGUCGUUGACAGCAUUGACCAAGACAUUCUGCAAUACUUGCAGAUUUAGCCCAAGCGGUCCAUGGUUUCAUGGUACUGACAGCGGCAAGUAAGGGGAGAAACUGUCAGAGGUAGCCCAGCAUUGUGUGUAGACAUGCGUGGAAAGUGACAUCAUGACGCACAUGUUUCCUUCCAAAAAUACUCCCCUCUGGUGGCAAGGGAGUCUACUAUCCCCCUUGCCCAAUUCACUCUUCGAUCACAUGAAUCUCGAACCAAACCUACAUACAAAUGCCCA